ACUCAGAGUAGUUAUUCAAGAGAUCUGGAGCAGUUUGGAGCUCUUCUUGCAUUCCCAGGAUCUGUCAUGUCUGAACCGCCGUAUCGCUACUUCACUCAAAUUGGGGAUCCUGUCCUCCGGCAAAGAGCCGAGGAGGUCCCGGAGGAGCGGAUUGAUUCGCCGGAAAUCGAUCAGAUUGUCGAUCGCAUGGUAAAAGUUUUACGUCACUAUGACUGCGUGGGCGUGGCAGCGCCUCAAAUUGGAAUACCGCUGCGCAUUAUCGUCAUGGAGUUCCGUGAGGGAAAACGGGAGCAAUACAAACCGGAGAUUUACGAGGAGCGUAAAAUGUCCACACUGCCUUUGGCCGUCUUUGUUAAUCCGGAGCUGGAGAUAGUCAGUGGCCAAAUAAACAAACAUCCCGAAGGCUGCAUGAGUGUGCGCGGAUACUCGGCGGAGGUGGGAAGAUUCGAUAAGGUCCGGGUCCGUGGAGUGGGCAAGCUGGGCACCCCCUCUGAAAUGGAGCUGGAGGGAUGGAACGCCCGGAUCGCACAGCACGAAACGGAUCACCUCAACGGGUGCAUCUACGUCGAUCGCAUGGACGUGUCCACAUUCCAAUGCGUCAACUGGGAGCUGAUCAACGCCGCAGAAGGUCGCUCGGCUCUUUGGUUCCACAAGUAAAAUAUCUAAAGCUUUCAUUCUAAACCAAUUUUAUAUUGUUCUGCGGCAUUUUAACCUACUUAAAUAAACUUGCUUGUAUGAAUUGUAUAAUGUUAAUUGUUAAUAAAACAUGAUGAGUUUUAUAGA